UUCCCACGCCCGCGGACGCUCGGGAGCUGUGGCUGGGCUCUCGGGAGAGGCGGCGUAGCUCUUCAAAUUCGCCUCAGGGGAGCGGCCGAGACGAUGGCGGCUCAGAAGAUAAACGAAGGGCUGGAGCACCUGGCCAAGGCUGAGAAGUACCUGAAAACUGGUUUUUUAAAAUGGAAGCCAGACUAUGACAGUGCCGCUUCUGAAUAUGGAAAAGCAGCUGUUGCUUUUAAAAACGCCAAACAGUUUGAGCAAGCAAAAGAUGCCUGCCUGCGGGAAGCUGCAGCCCAUGAAAAUAACAGGGCUCUUUUUCAUGCUGCCAAAGCUUAUGAGCAAGCCGGCAUGAUGUUGAAGGAGUUACAGAAACUGCCCGAGGCUGUUCAUCUGAUCGAGAAAGCCAGCAUGAUGUACCUGGAGAAUGGCACCCCCGAUACAGCCGCCAUGGCCUUGGAGCGAGCCGGGAAGCUUAUAGAAAACGUAAAUCCAGAAAAGGCGGUACAGUUGUAUCAACAGACAGCUAAUGUGUUUGAAAAUGAAGAACGCCUGCGGCAGGCAGUUGAGCUGCUGGGGAAAGCCUCAAGAUUGCUGGUGCGCGGACGCAGGUUUGAUGAGGCUGCAGCUUCUAUUCAGAAAGAAAAAAAUAUUUAUAAGGAAAUUGAGAAUUACCCAACAUGUUAUAAGAAAACAAUUGCUCAAGUCCUAGUUCAUCUGCACAGAAAUGACUACGUGGCUGCAGAGAGGUGCGUCAGGGAGAGUUACAGCAUACCCGGCUUUAAUGGCAGUGAAGACUGCGCGGCACUCGAGCAGCUCCUCGAAGGCUAUGACCAGCAAGACCAAGACCAGGUGUCGGCCGUCUGCAACUCACCGCUCUUCAAGUACAUGGACAAUGACUAUGCUAAACUGGGCCUGAGCUUGGUGGUCCCAGGCGGGGGGAUCAAGAAGAAAUCACCGGCAACACCCCAGGCUAAGCCCGACGGCACCACCCCCACAGCAGCGGCUGAGGAGGAGGAAGAUGAGUACUCAGGAGGCCUGUGCUAGUGCUUUGUUUACCUAAGACGUAAGAAGAAUCCUGACAUACUGUCUUCUGGAAUUGAGGCUUGUUUUUGGAUAUCUCUGCUUCAUUGAGAUUAUGUGUUGAAUGCUAAUAAAGACUGAUUUUUAGUUGCCAUUUCCCCCUAAUCAGCCAUCAUAUCUACUACAUGCAAAGCAGUUUUUUCUUCCCAUCCUAAGAGAAGGGAUUAUUGGAAAUGCACUGUUACACUUUAAUAGGUGAUUUUAAAAUUGAUAAGCCAAAUUCCAGACGAAUUAUAUCCCAAACAAAAAGGGCAACAGCAACAGUUUUUGUCUCUCCUGGGUUCUUGUAAUUUAUUGUUAGUUUUCUUUGUAUUUUAUUUAACCUUGCUGCUACAGUUGACAUUGGUAAAAGUACUAGUUUUAAAAAUUGGUCUAGCGUUGAAAAGGAAAUUCAUCCUCAAUAAUAUUAGACACAUUUAAAUUAUUAAAUCUUGUCAGAGACAAGAUAAGCUGUUUUAAGCUUUAAUGCUUUCUUCAGCCAAUAAAUUGCUUUUGUUCAGGCUUUUAUGUGUGACUUCACAGAGUGUGGAGGAGCAUAUUAAAAUGAGUCUGUCAUUGUCUUCUCUAUACUGUUGGUAGUCCAUCUUAAAAAGCAAAAACAAAGUGCUGUGACUGUCUCCAAAACUACUUGACUCUUGACCAGAUGGGAGCUAGUUCACCUGCAUUGAGAAACAGACAGCGCUUCCAUCCAUCUAGUCAUAUGCACUUCUUACCUCCAAAGUAGUUUGAGUCAUUUAGAGUUGCAACCAGCUGCUCAUAACUUCACAUGGGAAGGACUGUAGACAACAGAAAGCUGAGAGGAAGAGUUGGUUUUCAGAGACAUGCAUUUGAAACACUGGGUUCCCACUCUUUCAGUACUUCACAGGUACUUCCUAAAAUGUUAGUUUGGAACAUUCCCUUUUUACCCUGUGAAGGAGAACCUACGAAGCAGCAGCCAUGCGUGCCCCGCAGUUGGUGCUGGCCAUAGUGCUUUCCUGCUAUUGUGCCCUGCUGGGGUCUACAUCCAUACCUUAUGUGAAUAGAUCUGUUUAGUGUUGCCAGAUUUCCUAAAAACACCAGGGCGAGCAUGGUUGUGGUACUGCUCCCAGUGUUGAGGGAGAGCUUGGACAAAGUAGCACCCUUUGCCUGGAGUGCUUGAGCAGAUGGGUGUCGUCAUACAGCCUUUAUCACAGAUCUGAUGCAAAACACUAAUACAUGUUCUGUUUGCCCUUAAGUGACCACCAUAGUUGUGCAGGUUCUGCAGGUAACCAGCUCAUUUGCUUUUAUUGUAUUGAGACCAUGAGUCAUCUGAAUCAAGCUCUAUUUAUGCAUUUUUAUUUAAAGAGAAAUUAUGUAACAAACAUCCUAUCAUUGCUGCAUAAACCCUUUAGACACAGCCAGAAACUUCUGGGGUCUUAUAUUAAUGCUUAUUUGAGCUAAUUAGUAAUCUGAAACAGAUUUGGCAGCUCAAAACCUUUGUUAGAUUAUUUAUAGACCUUGUCACUCACAGCGUUGGCCAAGGCAGGGGUCUUUUACAGACUGAACCACAAAAAAGUGAUGGUACAUUCUGAGCAGCAGUGCAGCUCAGCUUCACUGACAUGGAGGCUGCGGACAACUGCAGCCCCAGCCCCGCCCACUUCAGAACAAGUGCGCAGGACUCACGGCAAGCUCUCCAGUGUCAGGGCUGUGUGUGCGUCUAGUGAGGAACAUUUGUUCUACAUGUGUACUUUUUAUUUUCCACAUGCAUAAAUGUCUGUUCUCCAGAUGUGGAAACUAGUGUUUACAGCAAGAAAACUUGUUUUUCAGAACUCUGGCGUCCUCACUACCAAAGUGAAGGUGUGCAUGGAUAAACUAGUCGUCUAGUAGUAGUUUUUAUCUAGUAAAUGAAGUCAUUCUACAAAACAUUUAAUAUAGUGAAUUGAUUUGUACAUACUCAGAUUAUAGUAUUUGUGUAUGGAAUCUGCUUUAUCCUAUUUUUUCAGCUGUCUGAUAACCUUAAAUAUGUUGUGGAAAGGCAUAUGGUUAUUUCUAAAGGAAGAUAAUUAUGAAAAUAAAGGAAACUAUGUGAAUGUAA